CAUAAGAGCAUCAGGACUUGGAUUAUGCGUUUUCUAAUUUCACUGCUGCUUCUGGCUUCAGGAGUUGGUCCAGGUGAAGCAGCUCAUUGGCAGAAGCUGAAAUGUCCCUACGAGCAAAACCAUGUCAGCCUGCCGAGGGUCUGGUGUCGGCGGAGCUCAGCCGAGUGCUGCUCUGGCCUCGCCUUCAGCUGGGAUGCUCGCUCAGCGGAUGGAGGCAAACUGGAGGUGAGCGAGGACUCCCACUCCUUCACCGUGGAGCUGCUGGAGCCGAGCCACAGAGAAGGAGUGUACUGGUGUGGAGUGCUGGGCAGAAAUAACACCGUCAUAAAGCUGGCUGAAGGCUAUGUCUACUGCUCCACAGGUUCUUACAUCUGGGCUCAUGCUCGCUGGAUCCUGCUGUGUCUGCUGCCCACAGUGACCACGUUCACCUGCAUGUACGCCAGAAGAAUCACCAGACAUCAUUCUCAGAAAGCAGAGGAGCCUUACGAUGACGUCGCUGUGCCCGGCUCUCUGACUGCUCCUCGCUAUGAGAACGCAGCAUCGAGCCUUCUGCAGGAGUGAUGAGAGAGUUCACACCCUGCUGGGACAAUCAAUCCAAAACCUUCCAAGUCCUGCUGUUUUUCCGACUGAUCAGCGGUUAGAAAGGAAACACAGAAAAAGACACAAGACUUUUUGAUUUUUAUGAAGAAAUAAGUUUGCAUUUAUUGGACAAACCAAACACCAGCAAACUCACACAUAGUGUAAAGAUGGAACAUGUCAUGGGGUGAAAAAUAAAUGAAGGGUUUCAUUCCAAAACGUCAUACAUCCAGGUGGAAAAAACACAGUAUUUCUGAAGUGCAAAUCAUUCUCAGAAACAGUAUUUCUAACCUCUCCUCCUGGAUCUUCUCUGUCUUCAAUAAACCUGUACUCGUUCA